AUGAAAGGCGGGAUCGAGCUCGGAGACGUAACACCACAUAAUAUCAAACGGUUGAAGAGGUUAAACCAGGUCAUCUUUCCAGUCAGCUAUAAUGGCAAGUUCUACAAGGAUGCGCUGGAGGUUGGCAAGCUAGCAAAACUUGCCUAUUUCAAUGAUACUGCUGUAGGUGCAGUCUGCUGCAGGGUGGAUCAGAAGAGGCUAGGAAUAGGAACUAAAGUGUUAAACGAUGUUUUAAACAUCGGCGAAGAAGAUGGCACUUUUGACACCAUCUAUCUGCACGUCCAGAUCAGCAAUCAGUCAGCAAUUGACUUCUACAGGAAGUCUGGCUUUGAGAUUAUUGAAACAAAGAAGAACUACUAUAAGAGGAUAGAGCCUGCUGAUGCUCAUGUGCUUCAGAAAAACUUCAAAGUCCCUUCUGGUCAGAAUGCAGAUGCACAAGACAGACAACUGAACAAAUUACAAAUGGACUUUCUUGUACUUGCUUGUAGCCAAAUAAAAAGAGAGGCCCAUUAA